AUGCGCGCGCACAUAUCACAAUACGCGACAACUUCGGACGGCAGGGGCUACGGAUUAAUAUGGCCGUCCCUCCUUCGAAAGCACGAAACUUUCGAUACGUGCGUCGACGCGGUAGGCACAGUCGUCGUCUGGGUUGCGUCGAAAAACUCGCGUAAACGAGGAUAUGUUGGUGUGCUCGCACGCUCUGAGGGAGGCUCGAGAGACACCCUCUCACGCGCGCAUUUCUUUCACUCGCGGCACCAAAGCGCACCACCCGCGUUACCCGUACAACUCACUCGCGUAUAUCACCCCCGUUUUCCACGCGCUCCCCCUAUCUCAUUCUCUCGCUCCCUCCUCUCUAUCUCCUUCUCUCUCUUACACACACUCUCUAUCACUCCUUUCCCCCUCUCUCCCUCGAUCUUACUAUCUCUCUCGCUCUACCUUUCUCUCCUUUUCUCUUCCUCCUACUCUCCUUCCUCUAUCAAUUCUGGCACCCUUUUUUAUCGCGCGCGUCUUUCUUCCUCAUUCGUUUACUCCUCGUCGAACACCCUUCUAACGUUGACGGUCACGUUACUCCUUCCUUCUCCUCCACCUCUUUUUCUUCUUCUUCUUCUUUUUCUUUUUCUUCUUCCAGACCUUUUCUUUUUCUCCAAUGCUUUCGUUCGUUCGUUCGUCCGUUCCUUCUUUCUUCAAACUCGUCUUUGUCCCUCUCUCUCUCUCUCUCCUCUCUCUCUCUCUCUCUCUCUCAACCUCUCCACUGGUCACACAUUGAAGCCGUCUUUCACUCACGUUCUUUCUUCUUUAUUUCUCCCGAUAGUAUCCUGCACGGCUGUUAGCUAUUACGCUCCUCUAUCCUUCCCGUUUGUCGUCGUGCACCGCGAGAGAAACCUCGCGACGAAUAGCGCACUUGCCGGCGGCGGCUCUUAUCGAAGGCCUCGUUUCCUCUUCCGAAGACCGUUCUCUUUUUUCCACAAUUCCACCGCCAGUGCGGCACGCGCAUUCGAGUUAUUAAAAUCUCUUCCUCACGCUUCUUGAGGACGUAACGCAGCCUCGUUGCGAACGACGUCAACAUCACCACCGUACACUUUCAUGGCGGCCAUCUUUUCGGAGGGAUACGCGAACGCAAAUCGCGGAACACACACACACACACACACACACACGCUCGCUUGCGUUCUUUAACGCGCGCGCACGUGCGAGUAUUGAGAGAACAUAUGCGGGACAGCGGCAGCAGUAUCAGCAGCAGCAAUAACAGUAACAAUAACAGUAAUAGCAACAGCAGCAAUAGUAGUAGCAAUAGCAGUAACACGCAAUGGCCGACAACCGAUCGACGUCGACAAAAAUCGAGACAAUCGUGACGCGUAGAUGACAGCAACAACGAAUACAACAGAGGGCUGGCACUUUUAGCCUCGCGCACUCACACACAUAUCAUUUACCGUGCCAGGCUGGCUGGCAAACAGGCUGUGAAGAGCAUGAAAGCAACGGUACAAUCAUUGAUAUGUUAAACGAUCGUAGAUAGGUAGCCUUGCGUGUAAUUAAAUGCCGAGCACUGCGAUAUCGGCGAUCUUUGCUCCAUCUAUCGGAUGAAAAUUGUACUAUCCCCAUUCUAGGAAAUUGUAUGUACCGUCGAGAGUACCGAUUCGUCUUUGUAGUAUUUUCUUUCUUUCCUUUCUUUUUACAGUUUCUUCUUCAAAAUGAACAU